CAUUAGAGAGAGAUGUGAUAUUUUCCCUUCCUAGACCCACUAUUAAUCACUUUAGAGCACAACCUUAGCUUACUUAAUCAUCUUAUUAUAUAUUCCUCCUUUUCAUCUCUUCUCUUAUAAAUUCUACUUACAAAUAUAGAGAUCUAAAUUUAAUCAAAUCUUUUAAACUUCAGAUUUAUAUCUCAAAUCCUUCAAACUUCAUCUAGCUACAUCUCUUUCUUCCUAAGGUCUUUUAUCAGAUUGAAUUAAUAAUCCUAGCUAAGGAGAUGACAGAAGAAGUGAUCUCAAAUGGAUUUACUCAUAACUCAAUUGAAGGAUCUAAUCCUCCCCCUCUCAAGAAAAAAAGAAAUCUUCCAGGAAAUCCAGAUCCUGAAGCAGAAGUGAUUGCCUUGUCACCAAAGACACUGAUGGCAACCAACAGAUUCUUGUGUGAAAUUUGUGGGAAGGGUUUCCAAAGGGAUCAAAAUCUACAACUUCAUAGAAGAGGACAUAAUCUUCCAUGGAAGCUAAAGCAAAGGACUUCAAAAGAAGUGAGAAAGAGAGUUUACGUGUGCCCGGAAAAGACAUGUGUGCAUCAUCAUCCUUCAAGGGCUUUAGGAGAUCUAACUGGGAUCAAGAAACACUACUGUAGAAAACAUGGAGAGAAGAAGUGGAAAUGUGAGAAAUGUUCAAAGAGAUAUGCUGUGCAAUCAGAUUGGAAAGCUCACUCCAAGACUUGUGGCACUAGGGAAUAUAGAUGUGAUUGUGGCACCAUUUUCUCAAGGAGAGAUAGCUUCGUGACACAUAGGGCAUUUUGCGAUGCAUUAGCAGAGGAGACGGCUAGAGUUACUGCAGCAUCUAAUAUGCACAACUCAUUGGCCACGGGGAACAACAUCAAUUACCAUUUCAUUGGCGCGCCAUUAGGCCCAAACAUGGCGCAACAUUUCUCUUCGCUCUUCAAGCCACUUCCCAACAACAACAACAACAACGAGAACUCAGAUCCAAUGAGAAGAGAUUAUCAACUAUCGCUUUGGAAUAUGGGUGUGGGUCAAGAGCAAGAACAAAUAGGUAUCAAUAUCAAUAACUUCCGCGAAAUCCACCACAUCAAUCCCAUCCAUCACACUUCACCAUCAGCGGCAGCAGCAGCAGCAGCAGCAACAACUGUUUAUGACACGACUACCCUUAUUCCAUCGCGUUCAAAUGUUCCACCGGUUAGUUAUAACAACAACAACCACGUUAACUGGGAUCAGUUAGUUGGAACCAAAAUCUCUUCAGUUAACAAUGCUGAACAGCUAUCAACUGUCACAUCACCAAACAUAAGCGUACCAUCAUUGUUCAGUACACAACACCAACUACCACCUUCUUCUACUGCAACUAUGUCAGCAACAGCCUUGCUUCAAAAAGCUGCUCAAAUCGGAGCAACAACCACCACACCAACAACAACUGACCCAUCAAUAUUCCUCGGAAAUUUUGGGAUGAUGAAUAACUGCAACGACAAGAACAAUAAUCAGCUUCAAGAAGGGGAUAAUAACAAGUUUUGUGGAUUUUAUGUUAGUACUGGUGCUACGAAUAACUCUAUCAGUACUAGUCAUGGAAGUGACGUAGAUCAGAGCUCAUCAGUGAAUGAUUUCUCGGCCACCAUUCACCCGAUACAGAUGUAUCCUCCUUCAAAACGUCGUCACAUACAGAUUGAAGAUAAUGUGAAAGGAGUUGGAGUUGGAGUUGGAGGAGGAGGACAAACUAGGGAUUUCCUGGGAGUUGGGGUACAAUCAAUCUGCCACCCUCCAUCAAUCAAUGGAUGGAUAUGAUUAUAUUGGGUAUUUUUACUUUAUUUUAUUACAUAUCCGGUCUAACCACCAAGUAUUAUUACCGUCUAGUGGUAUCGACAAGAGUCUUUCAUGCACCAGUUGUGAGUUCGAUUCUCACUGUUCCUUUUUCACAUGUAAUAAUUUUUCCUUUUUAAUGUUAAAAGCUAAGAUGCAAUAAA